AGGAAGGCCGGUUAAUCGAGCUGAGUGGCAGACCCACCAGGGACCAUGCUCACUCCAAGACCUUAACUUUUAAGAGCCCUUUGUUCCAAACGUUAAUGUGGACGAUGCUCUUGCAGGAUGCCUUUCCUUUUGGGGCUUAGACAGGAUAAGGAAGCCUGUGUGGGUACCAACAACCAGAGCUACAUCUGUGACACAGGACACUGCUGUGGACAGUCUCAGUGCUGCAACUACUACUAUGAACUCUGGUGUAAGUCCUUGCCCAGGGGGUUCUUGGCGUCCCAGGGUCCCGGUUACUGCCUCUGCUCCUUGGGAAACCACGGGCUGGCCAGCCUUUUCUGAUUCUCUUGGGGACAGUGUUGGGUUCUGGCUGGUGUGGACCAUCAUCAUCAUCCUGAGCUGCUGCUGCGUCUGCCACCACCGCCGAGCCAAGCACCGCCUGCAGGCCCAGCAACGACAACAUGAGAUCAACCUGAUCGCCUACCGGGAAGCCCACAAUUACUCAGCGCUGCCAUUCUACUUCAGGUUUUUGCCAAACUAUUUACUACCUCCUUAUGAGGAAGUGGUGAACCGACCUCCAACUCCUCCCCCACCGUACAGUGCCUUCCAGCUACAGCAGCAGCAGCAGCUGCCACCUCCGUGUGGCCCCGCAGGUGGCAGCCCUCCAGGCGCUGAUCCUCCCCGGGGCUCCCAGGGGGCACAGAGCAGUCCCUUGUCUGGGCCCAGUCGAAGCAGCACAAGACCCCCAAGCGUCGCUGACCCUCAGCCCUCUGACGUGCCAGCUGACCGAGCAGCCAGCAAAGCCUCUGCAGUGGAGCCCAGUGGCGUGGUGGCCGGCCUGGGGGAGCUGGACAAGGAUUCCGAGUGUCAGGAGGAGCUGCUGAAAGACUACGGCUCGGAGCAAGGCGGCGCACUCCCCGACAGCAAAGACAAGACGCCCGGUCGACAUCGGCGCUUCACCGGUGACUCGGGCAUCGAAGUGUGUGUGUGUAACCGGGGCCACCGUGACGAUGACCUCAAAGAGUUCAACACGCUCAUCGAUGAUGCUCUGGAUGGGCCCCUGGACUUCUGUGACAGUUGCCACGUGCGGCCUCCUGUUGACGAAGAGGAAGGGCUCUGCCAGCCCUCUGAGGAGCAGGCUCGAGAGCCUGGGCACCCCCACCUGCCACGGCCGCCUGCAUGCUUGCUGCUGAACACCAUCAAUGAACAGGACUCGGCAAACUCCCAGAGCAGCAGCUCUCCCAGCUAGAGCGUGCCCUGCCUGCACCCAGGAGCUUGGCAGACAACCAGGGCCGGGGAGGCCCGUGGGAGAUGCAUUAAGUGACUUUCAGAAGCAGCACAGCCACUGUGUUCUUUAGUUUUUGUUUCGUUUCCUCUUUCUUCUCCUGUCUUGCAUUUCUCACAUCUCCAGGUACAAGUCGGGGGUGUGGAUGACUCCCCCACAGAAGCACAGUGUCGUGGAAGACUUGAGAAGCUGGUUCUGUGACUCAUUCCUCAUCCCUCACCCUCUUCUUCCUCCUUUCCAGGUCACAUCUCACCUGCCUGCUUGGCUUAGAGAGAUGUGCGUUUGAAAAGCCCCUGAGUUCCCAAGGAGUGGAGCUGGGACUGUGCCCUGAGAUGAUUCUUGGUGAUGGAGUGGAUUUAUGCUCUGAGUUUCAUUUAAGAGAACUUCACUGUGUCUUGGUCCAGAGAGAGUUUGUCUUGGCCCUGAGUGAAGAGGGCUCCCCCACCCCCUCCGUGGGCCUGUGAUGGUCACCUGUGACUGCAGAGCUGGCCUUGAGCUAAUCCUGCGGGACGGUGAGAGGCUGGUGGACAGGUUAGUGGGGGAAGGGCACUUGCUGAGCUCUUCAGUGCCAGGUGAAAAGUUCAGUACCCCGCUGUGCAUUGUGAACGGCCCCUCCCAGCAUGCUCUGGCUGACUGCAGCCUGGCUCAGGGGUAGAAGAUCAUGUUGUCUUCCCUUUGUGGUUUUUUUCUCCAAACCGGUAACAAAAGCCAGCCAGAAACAAGACCCUUACCAGUGGACAGGCAGGAAUCCUCUUCUGGUCAAGGGAAUUUUGUGGCUCUUCCCCAAGCGGGGCUUCAUAGAGUCUGGCUGCAGUUGAGGCAGAGAGAGAGUGUGGACAAGCUUAGGUGAUAGCAGCUGUGGCCCCAAGGAGGGCAGAGGCGCAGCUUCCUCUACCUCUGUCCUUCACCUGUGCCCGCAGGUGAUCAGUGUCCUUGUCCCUGAGCACACAGUGACAGGCCUGUGUGUCUUCCUGUCCUCUGAACAGAUGGGCUGAGGAAGCUGCGGGUCUGGGAGAAGCAGCCCCAUCCCCUGUUUUCUCUCACACAGUAUUUUUUCUUUGAGUCUCAAUGUCCGUUGUUUGUUUGUUUUAAACUGACCACUUCGAAGAAAUGCUUUGGCUAUCUGUGGUUCUCAGGCCCUGGCCUCGCUUGUUGGAAUGGGGUGACUCACUUUCCUGCAGCCUGUGUAAAGAGUCUUGGGGUCAGGACAGGAGGUGAAGGCCAUCCCCAGCAGGACCAUGGAUAGGAUCCUUGUUUCUAUUGCUUGACCUCAGAGAACCAGCCGCACUUUGGUAGGGACACUCUGAAAAGAGCAUGCAAGCUACCGAAACUAACAUUCCCCAUCCAGCCCUGUUCAUGCAGAGUGUGGUUCUUUCCCAACUCUCGAACAGUGAUAUGCAGACCAGACAUGGGUGUUACGGUAAGAAAAGAACGAAGAAGAAGAAGAAGAAGAAGAAGAAAAAAUAUAUAUAUAUACACACACACACACAUACAUCCACAAAAAGCAGACAAAUCCAAGGCUGUGAGGUGAAUGGCAUUUGGAUGCCACAAAACCAAAAUCCAUGUCGAACAAAGUGAAGUCUGUACAUGGUGACUUUGGAGUAUGAGUGUGUGUGUGUGUGCCCAUGCAUGUGUGUUUGUGUGUGUGCGCGCGUGUGUUUUGUGUGUGUGUGUGUGUGUUGUUCGUGGCCCCGAGCCCUGUGUUCCUGUGAAGAUACUUUGAAUGGCAGCCAUUCUGCUCGUGGUAAUCACAUGGCUGGAGCACACAUGGCCCUCUCAAAGUAAUUUAUUUUACGCAUUUACUGUUUACCGAACAAAUGCCUGACUGUGUACUCGGGUGUACUCCGCAGCACUGUCAACGGCAGCCACCCGGGUUCGCCCAAGACGCUGCGCUCCAGGGAGAGGUUUUUCUCACUCAGCUCGUCACUGCAAUUUGCACUUUGCUCCGUGGACACUCAGAGGCCUGUGUUCUGUUCUCUGUCUGUGGAAACAUGCUCCCAACCUGUCUGCCCCCCCUCCGCUGCUUGAGUCUUCAGUGACAAGUGUGGACUGGCUGUGGGACUGCCCGGAGGUGCAGGCGUUCACCUUGGUGCCCCAGUGCGCCACGGCCACCUUCGUUGAAGUUCAGUGGGCUGAGCUGGUGUGUGGCCAGAGGAGCCGAGUCCAGCAGCAGCCCUGCCACACCUUUCCUGCGACCUUCUUUAUGAAUCUCAAGCAACUCACUGAAUGUCUCAAAGGAGAGCAAGUUUUACCAAAAUGAAUCCUUCUCUAGUUCACUGAUCAAAUAGAGGAGAUCGGACCCUCUCAAGUUUCUUCUCCCCCCACCAUAAAGUGGGGAGCUGGCCUGAGGGAAAACUGGGGCCGUGACUGCGAUGUCUGACCGCGACGGCUGAGCUGCAGUCUGGCCUCCGCGGCUUCAGGCCGCCGCGCUGCCCGGGGAGCGCAGGCGGUAAGGACUGGAAGAAGAGCUGCGGCCGGUGAGACUUGACCGAGUCUGGUGUUCCGGGUAAACUAGAAGAUGGAGUCUGCGGAGGGUUUGGUGCUACAGUCGGGAGAUUUGCAAACGCUAACACAUUCCUGUGUGAGGCACAUCACCAUUUGUCAGUUAUUGUGAAUAAUGUGUAUCUUAAGCAAUAAGAUUCAGCUGGUCAGACUUUUCUGGGCAGUCUCAGUGACGUUUCCUGUGCUGUGAUUGUUCUGAAGACAGAGUGGCUCGAACCACUGUGAGAAGCCCAAAUAAAAAUCAGUCCCAAACAUUCUACCGAA